AAAUGAAAAGAUACUCCUGAUCCCUCAAGCUAUUUUCUGUCUGCAGAGUGCAAAACCACCAUUAGAACUUGUUCGGUCUCCCUCUGUUCCUGGGGAAGAGGCUAAAGGGGAGGAAAAUUACAACAACCCUCCAUCGAUUGCUGCACCACAGCCUGGACAACCUGAAUCAAGUGCAAAACCACCAUUAGAACUUGUUCGGUCUCCCUCUGUUCCUGGGGAAGAGGCUAAAGGGGAGGAAAAUUACAACAACCCUCCGUCUGUUGCUGCACCACAGCCUGGACAACCUGAAUCAAGUGCAAAACCACCAUUAGAACUUGUUCGGUCUCCCUCUGUUCCUGGGGAAGAGGCUAAAGGGGAGGAAAAUUACAACAACCCUCCAUCGAUUGCUGCACCACAGCCUGGACAACCUGAAUCAAGUGCAAAACCACCAUUAGAACUUGUUCGGUCUCCCUCUGUUCCUGGGGAAGAGGGCAAAGAGGCGGAAAAUUACAACAACCCUCCAUCGAUUGCUGCACCACAGCCUGGACAAGCUGAAUCAGUCCUGCCAGAAGAAGACCGUGGGAAGAUUGCUUUGUUAGACAUGCAGACUCAGGGAGAGCUGUUUCAAACCCAGCAGCAGCUAGAGCAGCAGGAGGAAGAGCAGAAAGAGAAUGGGCAGAACAUCAAGACAAAACUGCAAGCACAGCUGCCUGAAGCUCAGAGGAAGACCAAGGCAGCUGAGGAGAGACAUGAGGAAAAAACAAAAAGCAUCCAAGAUGAAAUGAAUCUAUUUCAGCAGAGCGGGGAUCUGCAAAACGAGAUGAGGGAAACAGUGGCAGGAACUCCAGUCAAGAGACUUUCUCUCCCCCUCUGCUUACAGAACAGCAGGGAAAAGCUGCAAGCAGAACUGCAGAGAGCUUGGAGUGAGAUCAAGGCCAUGGGAGAAAGGCACGAGGAAGAAAUGAAAAAUAUCCAAGAGGAUGUGAAUCUCCUACUGCAGCAGAAGGAGACACUACGAAAGCUGGUGGAAGAGUUGGCGUCUCAUCUGGCAGCCCCCAAACUGUCCCAGCAAGUGAUUGGCAACAAAGCUCAGCAAGGUCAGAGGAAGGGACAGGAAUGGCCAAGGGAGGAGGUGCUGGAGGUUGAGCACUUACAGAAGAUGAUGGAGGAAAAGAAGACUCAAGAUGAGGAGAUCUACAUAGACUCUAUCAUUGAACCUACUGCUGCAGUAGCAUCGUCUAAAGAAGCCUCCACUCCCCAGCCUGAAAACUUGACAACGAGCAGUUGGCUCAGCUCAGACCAGGUGGAAGCUUUUCUGCAAGACAUGGUAGAGGAGGCGUCCCUGAACAUACUGAGGAGAAUGGUGAGCGUGGGUGAUCCUUUGCAGAAAUACAUUGAAUUGGAAAACAUUGGCAGUGGGGCUUUUGGAGCUGUUUGUAAAGCACUUGACACUGCCACUGGAGGACAGGUGGCCAUAAAGAAAAUCAGUCUUCAAGAAACCAGCAAGGAACUAACUCUUAAUGAAAUCGAGGUCAUGAGGACAAAUAGGAAUUCCAACAUUGUUAACUAUUUGGACAGCUACAUUGUGGAGGAGGAACUCUGGCUGGUCAUGGAGUACGUGGAUGGAGGCACUUUAUAUGAUGUUAUCAGUGAGACAUGCAUGUCUGAAGGACAGAUGGCAGCUGUCAGUCGGGAGUGCCUGCAAGGACUAUAUUUCCUUCACUCAAACGGGGUGAUCCACAGAGACAUAAAAAGUUCAAACAUUCUCAUCAGAACAGACGGAUCUGUCAAGUUGGCUGAUUUUGGCCUCUCUGCUCAGCUCAGCCUUGAUCAGAGUUAUCGAAACUCAGUGAUUGGGACUUCUUGGUGGAUGGCACCAGAAGUUGUGAUAAGCAAACCAUACGGUCCCAAAGUGGAUAUAUGGUCAUUUGGCAUCGUGGGACUGGAAAUGGUGGAAGGAGAAGUUCCUUACCAGAAUGAAACAUCUGUUCUGGCUCAGUACUUGAUAGCCACCGGAGGGGCACCCAAGCUGAAGAACCCCAAGCAAGUUUCUGCUUGGCUGCGUGACUUUCUGACCUGCUGCUUGGAGACAGACCAGGACAGGCGCUGGUCUGCUGAGGAACUCCUGCAGCAUCCAUUUGUAGAAUCAGCCAAGCCUGCCUCCAGCCUCGUGCCGCUUAUCACUGCAGUGAAGAAGUGGAAGGAAGAGACAAGACUCCAACAACCAGUCGAGGACCAUUUUCUUCAGUGGCAGCUCUAGGCAGGAAUCAGAAUAAAAACUCCACGAAAUCUCAACUCA